AUGACCGCCAGAUUCCUCACUGCCAUUAUAGCAACCAGCUCUCUGGUUCGAGGCGCCUCUGUUACCUCGGGCUACACGAGCGAAACACAGCUUCUACCCGUCAACUCGGGCCACCUCUCCAAAACCACAUCACUCAAAAUAACCUCGGCUUCUAUAGAGAGACACAUGUGUAAAAGCGGUAUCGUGCUAUCAGACGGUGGCCGGCAGCCUAUAGACGGCGCCAUCAAGGAUUUCCUUGCCACCAAGAACUACGAGAACACGGUGUGCAUCCUCUUGAGCGUCGCCAUCAUGCCCCUACAGGACAUCAUCCUGAACUCUGUCUUUCAAGAGCGAAGACGCCGAUACCUGCAAUGCGAAGUCGCCUGA